AAGGCAGUCGCUUAACCACCUGAGCCACCCAGGCGCCCUCCUGCAUCUUCAUGAACUGAAUUUCCUAGAUAUUCUUGCCUCCCCAAAUACUCAGGACAACCUCACCUUUGCCUUCAUCCUCUGAUUCUAAGUCUUCCUCACCAGAUAUGAGGAGGAGAUCAAAGAGCGUGCAGACAUGGAGAAUGAAUUUGUCCUCAUCAAGAAGGAUGUGGACGAAGCUUACAUGAACAAGGUAGAGCUGGAGUCCCGCCUGGAAGGGCUGACCGACGAGAUCAGCUUCUUAAGGCAGCUGUAUGAAGAGGAGAUCCGUGAGCUGCAGUCCCAGAUCUCGGACACGUCCGUGGUGCUGUCCAUGGACAACAGCCGCUCCCUGGACCUGGACAGCAUCAUCACCGAGGUCAAGGCCCAGUACGAGGACAUUGCCAACCGCAGCCGGGCUGAGGCCGAGGCCAUGUACCAGAUCAAGUACGAGGAGCUGCAGACACUGGCUGGGAAGCAUGGGGAUGACCUCCGUCGCACGAAGACGGAGAUUUCCGAGAUGAACCGGAGCAUCAGCCGACUCCAGGCUGAGAUCGAGGCCCUCAAAAACCAGAGGGCUGCCCUGGAGGCGGCUAUUGCUGAUGCUGAGCAGCGCGGGGAGCUGGCCAUUAAGGACGCCAAUGCCAAGGUGGCUGAGCUGGAGGCCGCCCUGCAGCGAGCCAAGCAGGACAUGGCCCGGCAGCUGCGCGAGUACCAGGAGCUCAUGAACGUCAAGCUGGCCCUGGACAUCGAGAUUGCCACCUAUCGCAAGCUGCUGGAGGGCGAGGAGAGCCGGCUGGAGUCUGGGAUGCAGAACAUGAGUAUCCAUACUAAGACCACGAGUGGCUACUCAGGUGGCCUGAGCUCGGCCUAUGGAGGCCUCACAAGCCCCGGCCUCAACUAUGGCCUGAGCCCCUUCCAGUCCAGCUUUGGCCCUGCUGGUUCCUUCAGCCGCAGCGGCUCUUCCAAGGCUGUGGUCGUGAAGAAGAUCGAGACCCGUGACGGGAAGCUGGUGUCCGAGUCGUCUGAUGUCCUAUCCAAGUGAACAACCAUGGUGGUCCUUCCCAGCCUCCCUACUCUUGUGGCUGCCAUAGAGCCUUUGGGGGGAAAGGAGCUGUGCCGGGGAGCAUCGGGAACGGGAGAGGCACCUAAGACUCAGCCCCAGUCCUCAGCUCACCCUUGGGGGGAGUCUUCUGCCCUGGGUACCCCCUCUUGUCCAUGCCCCCAACUAAAAGCCGAUUCAAGUGUCUUUUCCCAAAUAAAGCCUCAGCCGACUCUGCCAAUCCCA